AUGGCGUCGAUUGGACGCAACCUGUUACCGGUGCUACUUUCGCUCCUGCUAACCAGCGAUGUCAUUUGCUGGCGAACAUUACUUCCGGUUACCGCGAAUCAUCUCGGUCUAUUGGGAUCACGAGAAAACAACGCUAUAGCGGGACCGGUUGAAACUAUUCUGGAGCUACCCUCGGGUGAACCGACUGUCUGGAAAGCACCUUCGUCGAACCGCGGAUGGCUUACUUGGAUAACUACCAUUUUUGGCCUUCCCAUCAUAAGCGUGUUUGCCUAUCGGGCAGAAGCCCGAAACUGUCAAGCUUGCACAUGCGGUAUAAAUUCUAACUCUUCUCGGGUUAUCGGUGGUCAGGAAGCUGAAGAACACAAGUACCCGUGGAUGGUUGCCCUGUACUAUAAAAAUAAAUUCACCUGUGGUGGAUCGCUUAUCAACGAACUUUACGUACUGACAGCGGCCCACUGUGUCUUCAAUACGGAUAGGAGUUUGUUUUCGGUGAAAUUUCUCUUGCACGAUCGUCGCAACCCGGGCCCAGAGUCAUUCGAGCGACGUGUUUCAUACAUUAUGACCAACUGGUUUAUAAACGCCUUGGUUUUUAUCACAAAUGACGUAGCCCUAUUGAAGCUAAACGCAACGGUACCGCUGGGCGAUCUGCUCUAUCCAGUUUGUUUGCCUCUGGAGGGACCAACCUAUGAGGGUUAUAAUAGUAUCGUGACCGGUUGGGGUAAAUUGGCUGAUGGCUCGUUUCCGGGAACGCUUCAAGAACUCAACGUGCCGAUCCUGUCGUAUGAGGAUUGCAAGAACCAGAGCGGCUACUAUGGCUUUCAAAUAAACGAUCAUAUGCUGUGCGCAGGCGUCCCCGAGGGAGGCAAAGAUUCCUGUCAGGGUGACAGUGGAGGUCCCCUGCACGUGAUAGAUCCCGCGACUAACAAAUACAUUGUGGCCGGAGUUGUUUCAUAUGGAUAUGGCUGUGCACGACCUAGAUAUCCGGGAAUUUACGCCCGUGUCAAUAGGUUCCUUUCCUGGAUCAAAUUCAAUACGCGUGAUGCCUGCCCGUGCAGCUAA